AUGGCAAAGGACUGUAAAGUUACUCAGGCUAUUUCCCUUCAAACUGUUAGAGGUUCGACUGCCAGAAUUUACUCAGUGGCUGAGAAAGAAGCCAAAGCCAAUCCAUCUGCAGUUACUAGUCAGUUACAGUUCCACUCUACUUCUUUAUAUGUACUGAUUGAUUCUGGGGCUACCCAUUCUUUUAUCUCAUAUGGUAUUAUAAAAAGAUUAGGUUUAGAGCCUAGUAAAGUGGAACAUGCUGUUAAAAUUGAGAUGCCUAAUGGGGAGAAUUAUGUUGCUGAUAAGUUAUUAAUGGAGGAAACUAUAGUGAUUGAUGGGCCUGAGUUGAAUGUUGAUUUAAUUAUUUUUUAUAUGCCUGAUUUUUAUAUGAUUUUGGGAAUAGACUUCCUGAGCAAAUUUGGAGUAUUGAUAGAUUGUCGGAAGAAGAAAGCCAGGUUUAAUUUAGAUGCUGGAGACAAAUUCACCUUUGGGGAAGGUCAUCUACACAGCCUGAUGAUAAGUGCAGUGAAAGUAAUGAGGAUGAUAAGGAAGGGUUGUACAGGGUACAUAGCUAAUGUGGUGAAUAAAGAAAAGUUUCCAGACUUUAGUGUUCGGGAUGUACCCAUAGUACGAGAAUUCGAAGAUGUAUUUCCAGAAGAUUUGCCAAGACUCCCUUCAGAAAGUGAAGUGGAGUUUCGUAUAGAUUUAUCCCUUGGUACGGUACCAAUAUCUAAGGCUCCAUAUAGAAUGGCUCCAGCAAAGUUACAAGAGUUAAAGAAACAGCUUCAGGAGUUGUUGGAUAAAGAUGACAUCCUGGUCUAUUCCAAAACAAAGGAAGAUCAUGAAGAGCAUUUGAGAUUUGUGUUACAAAUACUAAGGGAGAAAAAGUUAUAUGCUAAAUUCUCCAAAUGUGAGUUUUGGUUGGAUCAAGUAGCAUUCUUGGGACAUGUUGUUUCACAAAAGGGUAUUUCAGUAGACCUUAGAAAGAUUGAAGUAGUGAUUGAAUGGCCAAGACCAAAGAUUGUAAAAGAAGUUAGAAGUUUUCAUGGGUUAGCAAGGUAUUACAGGAAAUUUGUGGAAGGCUUUGCUAAAUUAGCUUCUCCACUCACAGCUCUAGCAAAAAAAGAAGCCCAAUUCAGAUGGACUGAAACUUGUGAGAAGAGUUUCCAAGAAUUAAAAAGAAGAUUAACUACUGCUCUUGUUUUAACUCUUCCAGAGGAUGGAGUAGAUUAUGAUAUUCAUACAGAUGCUUCUCAUAAUGGUUUGGGGGUAGUAUUGAUGCAAAAAGGUAGGGUGAUUGCUUAUGCCUCUCGUCAGCUGAAAGACUAUGAAAAGAGGUAUCCCACUCAUGACCUCGAAUUAGCAGCUCCAGGGAAAGCUAAUGUAGUUGCAGAUGCCCUUAGCAGGAAAGUCUCCUUAGCUUAG